AUGAGUGGCUAUAUAAUGGGUGAAACUGGGAGCUGAGGCUACAGUUAGACAGGAGUUCUGAGUUACAGGGUUGGACACAACGAAACGUCCAACACAGCAACGAUGCAUAAACUGAUACUCUGCUGUCUCAUCAUCAUCAGUGUCUCCUGUCCUCUCCUGUCUCUCCCCAUCAUCAAUGCCAGUGAGAUGUCUUAUCAACACUCAGCUGAUGAAGAUUCAAGGUUAAACCUGGAGAGGCUGGGCAGCCUUGGAAGCACCUCCCUGCUCCAGUUCCUGCCAGAGCUCCUGGGCACACUGACUGAGGACAACAAAGCAGGUCUUACCCCCAGCAACUACAACCCAGGGGAAAAUAUCAAAGAGACUUUCUAUGGGAAUCAUCCUCGAAUCGCUUUGCUGGGACGCUUCUUGACCAAGGACAAGAAACAGUACAAGAAACGUGGGAAUCUUUCUGAGUGCUUCUGGAAAUAUUGUGUGUAA